AUAGAGUAAAGAAAAUCAAACAAAAGAAGACUUUGUGAGAGAAUGGGUUUAACUUUGAGAAUGUGGGUUGCAAGUCUGCUCCUCCUUACACAUCUUCUUCAUGGAGCUCUCUGUUGGGGAGACGAUGGUCAUUACGCUGUCUGCAAAAUAGCUCAGGGAUAUUUUGAGGAAGAAACUGUAGUUGCAGUGAAGAAACUUCUGCCAGCGUAUGCAGAUGGUGAACUAGCAGCUGUUUGCUCAUGGCCUGAUGAAAUCAAACGCCUCCCUCAGUGGAAAUGGACUGCAGCUUUGCAUUUUGCUGAUACACCUGAUGACAAAUGCAACUAUGACUAUUCUCGGGACUGCCCUAAUGACUGGUGUGUGACAGGAGCAAUCUUCAAUUACACAAACCAACUGAUGUCAGCUUCUAAAGACUCACAGAGUAUUGUCCACUAUAACUUGACAGAAGCUCUCAUGUUCUUAUCACAUUAUAUGGGAGAUAUCCAUCAGCCCUUGCAUGAAGGUUUUCUUGGAGAUCUAGGUGGUAACAAAGUAAAAGUCAACUGGUACAAUCAAGAAACUAAUUUGCACCGUGUUUGGGAUGACAUGAUAAUCGAGUCUGCUCUAGAGAAAUAUUACAAUUCAAGCCUUUCAGUCAUGAUUCAUGCCCUUCAAGACAAACUCAAGUACGGCUGGUCAAAUGAUGUUUGGUCGUGGGGGUCAUGUCAACUUAACCAAACAGCCUGCCCAAAUCCAUAUGCCUCUGAAAGCAUUGAUCUUGCCUGCAAGUAUGCUUACACAAACGCUACCGCAGGGACUACUUUAGGAGAUUACUACUUCCUCUCUCGGCUGCCCGUUGUAGAGAAGAGAAUUGCACAAGGCGGGAUUCGCUUGGCAGCGACUCUAAACCGAAUCUUUUCUGUGAAACCGAAGCUCGCUACCGCAUGAAACUAAGACCGAUUAGGCCUUAUUAUCCUAUUAUCUUUUCAUAAGCAUGCACGCCUCCUAGCUCAGAGCUUCUCAUGUAAUGGUAGUAUUAAAGUUAUGUUAUGCGUGCUACGUACUGUUCUGAGUUUCAGUUAUAAUAAUUAGUAACCUAAGCUCUCAUGUAAUGAUAGUUAAGGUUAUGUUAUCCGCUGCUA